UUUUUACGUCAGCUGAAUUUUAUUAUUUUGAACGGGUCAAGAAGAUGGCGGAGGAGAGCAGGUUGAAGCAUCGGAAUCACUCUCAGCAAAAUUGCAAAAACAGCAUCUUCGACGAAGGUGGGCCCAGGAUUGAAAAUGUUGGCUCCAAGAUGAUGCCUCGGAGGGAGGAAGAGGAUGCAGAGGAGGAAGGGUUGCUUCUGGAGGAAGAGGACACGGUUGUGGCCAGGCCGGUCCAGAUUGUCGUGGCUCACGAGGAUGACCACGAUUUUGAGCUGGACGAGGUGGCGCUGGAGCGCAUCCUGCUGCAGGAGCACGUCCGAGACCUCAACGUGGUGGUGGUGUCAGUGGCCGGAGCCUUCCGCAAGGGCAAGUCUUUCCUGUUGGACUUCAUGCUGCGCUAUAUGUACAGCCAGAGCAAGUCGAGCCACUCUUGGAUCGGAGGCCACGAGGACCCUCUAACGGGCUUCACGUGGAGGGGGGGCUGUGAGAGGGAGACCACAGGCAUCCUGGCCUGGAGCGAAGUGUUUGUGGUGGAGAAGCCUGAUGGGAGUGAGGUCGCUGUUCUCUUAAUAGAUACACAAGGGGCUUUUGAUAGCCAGUCAACCAUCAAAGAUUGUGCUACGCUGUUUGCUCUGAGCACCAUGACCAGCUCUGUGCAGGUUUACAACUUGUCUCAGAACGUUCAAGAAGAUGACCUCCAACAUCUUCAGCUCUUCACCGAGUAUGGAAGACUUGCCAUGGAAGAAAUUUAUGAGAAGCCAUUUCAGACUCUCAUGUUUCUUAUAAGAGACUGGAGCUACCCCUACGAGCAUCCCUAUGGCUUAGAAGGAGGGAAGACGUUCUUGGAGAAGAGGUUGCAAGUCAAACAGAACCAGCACGAAGAGCUGCAGAACGUGAGGAAGCACAUCCACUCCUGCUUCUCCAACAUCAGCUGCUUCCUGCUGCCCCACCCUGGUCUGAAGGUGGCCACCAACCCCCACUUUGAUGGCAGACUAAGGGAUAUCGACGGUGAAUUCAAGACGGAACUUGUGAAUCUUGUGCCAACUCUGUUGUCGCCGGAUAACUUGGUGGAGAAAGAAAUAGGAGGAUCGAAAGUCACUUGCCGAGACCUUGUACAGUAUUUUAAGGCAUACAUGAAAAUAUACCAAGGUGAGGAGCUGCCUCAUCCCAAAUCAAUGUUGCAGGCAACAGCUGAAGCCAACAACCUAGCAGCUGUAGCUGGAGCAAAGGACAUCUACAACAAAGGCAUGGAACAGGUGUGCGGCGGAGACGAGCCUUACAUGUCUCCGGUUGAGCUGGAGCGUCGCCACGACGACCUUAGGCAGGCGUCGGUGCGGCACUUCAGUUCGGUGAAGAAGAUGGGUGGCGAGGAGUUCUGCCGACGCUACCAGGAGCAGCUGGAGGGCAUGCUCGACGAGGCCUAUGCCAACUUCACCAAGCACAACGACGGCAAGAACAUCUUCUACGCGGCACGCACGCCCGCCACGCUGUUCGCCGUCAUGUUUGCCAUGUACGUGGCAUCACUCAUCACCGGCUUUGUGGGCAUCAGCUCGGUUGCGACCCUGUGCAACCUGGUGAUGGGCAUGGCUCUGGCGGCGCUGUGCGUCUGGGCCUACGCCAAGUACUCAGGGGAGUUCCGCGAGGUGGGCAGCGUCAUCGACCAGGUGGCCGAGACCUUGUGGGAGCAGAGGACUCCCCGAAAGGUGUUUUCCAAACUCUUUGAGGUGGCAAGAAGUCGAGUCACACUGGGCGCCUUGAUACCAGCCCAGAGAACGAGACUGGCCUCCAACAACAAUGUCAAGAAGAAAAACUAGCUGCGCCUACUGUCCUUCUGCUCAAUUUCAGAUUACAAUUUUUAGGACUAUAAUAAUAUAUUAUAAAUAUUUCUCUCCCCCCCGUAGAUCAUGGUUCCCAUGCCAUGCUGGUCUAGAUUAAAAUAUAUAUAUAAUUGUACACUUGGUUCACAGCAAAUGUAGAAUACAGGUUGGCACUUUGUUUUUUUAAUCUUUUUUUUUUAAUAGUCAUUCCAUUUUCUGGGGAUGGUUUGGGUGGGAUUUAGGGUUGUAUAAUAGAGGGAGGGGAGGUCAAUAUUGUUGUACUUAAAACCACAAAAAUCACAGGUGGCGCGUCUGUCGUCAUCCGUUUCUGUUGGCUGAGUGAACAACAUGAUUGUGAAUGAAUGUUCCCAUUUACCUCCUUUCUGUACUUGUUUUGUUGUUGCCUGCUGUCUACUGUGUUUUUUCCCAUCCCAUCCCAUCCCCCCCCCCCCCUCUUUGUCUGACGCCUUCCUUUCUCUUUCUCUCCUCUUUGUGUUCCUCACACGGCUGUUUCUCUCCAGGUGUUGAAGCCUCUAAUGUGAUCCUCCAUGUACUGAUCGCUUAGACUGACUGUGUUCAACUCCUUGAAAUUGCCUGGGUGAGCAGGUGUCGCAGCACACAAAGUUAAAGACUUAACUGAGCGGCCAUGGUGUGGCGCUCGUAGUACCAAAGUUUACAGCUUUACCCCAUGUUGUCUAAUUGGUCUUAUCCCUUGGCCCACUCUUAAACAGUGGUGCCCAAUGAUGGGAAGGCAUUGUGAGCAGACCCCAACUACUUCCUCCCUGAUCGGACUGCUGAUUGGAUACGUGUGUGUCCCGUUAGACUAUGGAAAGGUGUCCUCAGAACGGUUUUGCUGUAGUUUGUGUGUUUUGUCUGGGUUAGGCCACUUUUUCUAUAUAACUAUUUAAAUAUAACUAUUUGCUGUCAAAUGUUUUUCUCUGACCAGCUUUUUUGUUUCUUUGCUUCUAUUUCUCAAGUGAAUGGAAAUCAAUGUUAGAAUCAGUUGGCGUUUUUAAAGAUGCCGCAUUAUACGCUUUGUUCUCUUGAUAUUUUCCACCACUACAUAGACCUACCCACAGAAGUAAACACUACUCUUUAAACCGCAUCCCCAUCCACAAUAUUGCUGAGUUCGAAAUCGACCCUUUACCCUGUAGAUCGGAGACCUCUGAACUGGCUUCAGCAAUGGCAUCAAUUUUGCCCUCUUAUUGGCUAGGAUAGUUUAGCAACUUGCCGUUCUUGACCUCAAACAGACGUGGGUCUGAUUGGGUAAUGUCGAUUCUCGGGGGUCCAUUUCAGAAUUUGGCAUACGUGUCACAACCAGCUGCUUUUAAGGUGAAUCAUUGUGUAUAUUGCCCUUAAAUUUUUGAACUUAGAACUAUCAUGUUUUUUUUUUCUUUAUUCCAUCCAGACCAUUACCGCCAAUGUGUGCUGUUUUGUACAGUUUAGUUUUCUAAAACUCAUCAUGGGGCAUGUGUAUUAAAUAUACAUAUAUAAAUAAAUUUUCUAUACCUUUUUUGUAGCUGGAAGAACAAUGGUUUCGUGGUAGGCCACUGUGCAGUUACUGUAUGUAAAGGAAUGCUUUUGUGAUGUGUACAUGUCAAUAAAAUCAUUUUUAUAUAUAUUUGUAAUCUACAUUGAGCACUGCAAUUCCACCCCUGCUGGCAAAGAAUGUUUAUAAUCUUAUUUAGUCUUUUGUUGCAUUUUAAAGUUAUUUUCGUUAAUUUAUUUUUCAAUACAAGAUUAAAACAAUCUCCAACAAUA